AAGCUCACGUUGGUGGCAGCCAAGGAGAGGGGCCGGCCUUGCCAGGACUAAAGAGGGAGGGGAGGGGAAAAGCAAGAAUCUCCCACCCCGCUUCCAGGCGGAGGGGCGGGAGCAUCGGGUCCCGGCCCAGAAAGCAGUGUCUUGGGCUCUGUGCAUCUCUCCGGAGCGGCGCGGGAAGGAUGCUGGGCCGCAGGGGCGCGCGCGCGGAGCGCGGCAUGCCGCGGGGCUGGACCGCGCUCUGCCUGCUGAGUCUGUUGCCCUCUGCGUUCACAAAUGUGACUAACUCGGAUAAUGUUACCUCAGAGUCAUCUACCACAGGAACAUUUUCAGCUGUUCCUACAAUUGUAUCCAACCAGGAAACAGCAACACCAAGGACUCCUGAAAGUACCACAUUCAAAUGUGGCUCUCAGGACAGCAAUGCGACCACAGCAACCAUCUCAGAGACUGCAAUCAACAUCACAUCUACCUCUGAAAUCUCCUCAGUUCCUGGAACCAUGAGCUCUUCAGUGCAGACACAGACCUCUUUAACCGUCACAGUGUCUUCCACCCCAAUCAACUUUUCGGCUGCAGAUAUGACCUUGAAGCCUAGCAUGUCACCUGGAAAUGUUUCAGAUCCCCCACACAAUAGCACCAGCCUUGUGACAUCUCCCACAUCAUCAUCUUCUACCCCAAGUACUAUCAAGGGAGAAAUCAUAUGUUCCAAAGGCGAAGAAGUGAACUCGACACAAGGUAUCUGCCUGGAGCUAAAUAAGAACUCCUCUUGUGAGGACUUUAAGAAGGACCAUGGAGAGGAACUGAUCCGAGUCCUGUGUGGGAAGGAUCAGGCUGAGGCUGAAACCAGGAGGUGUUCCUUGCCCUUUACCCUGUCUGAGGUGAGGCCUCGCUGCCUGCUACUGGUCUUAACCAACAGAGCAGAACUUUCCAACAAGCUCCAACUUCUGAAACAGCACCAGUCUGACCUGAGAAAGCUGGGGAUCCAAGACUUCACUGAACGAGAUGUUAGGAGCCUCCAGACUGAUUCCCCCCGCAAGAUCCUGAUUGCACUGGUCACCUCGGGGGUCCUGCUGGCUGUCCUGUGCACCAUUUGCUAUUUCCUGAUGAACCGCCGCAGUUGGAGCCCCACAGGAGAAAGGCUGGGUGAAGACCCUUAUUACACGGAGAACGGUGGAGGCCAGGGCUAUAGCUCAGGCCCUGGGGCCUCCCCUGAAGCUCAGGGAAAGGCCAGUGUGAACCGAGGGGCUCAGGAGAACGGGACCGGCCAGGCCACAUCCAGAAAUGGCCAUUCAGCGAGACAAGUUGUGGCUGACACCGAAUUGUGACUCAGCUGGGUGGGGCAAGGCUGGGCAAUGUCUGGGGAAGGGAUCCUCCCAACAUCUGACCACUGCUUCCCUGCUGGAGGUGCCAUCUCCUACCUUCUCCCUUUUCCACUGCACACACCCUCUGAGGCUUUUACUAGGGCCCUGUGCUGCACCACCUCGGGGUUCUCUCCACCCUGCCCUUUACACAUUCAGCAAUCUGACCCCAGAUUUGGGUCUUCUUUGAGUAAAGGCAUGAUGGGGAAAAGCCAAGGUUCAGAGAAGCUCCCCGUGGGGGUUGAUGAUCUUGCAGCAUUCACACAUGACCCCUGCCCUCUCCCUCCUCUCUGCCUCAUUACAGGAACUGCCAGGGGAAAGCAUAGGUUUUUCUGGGCUACAGUGUCCUCCCAGGAGUCUCUGUCGUUUCUGUUACUUCCUUAUAUUUUUGUUCUCUACUUUAGCGAAAUCAAACCCACCCAUUGCACUCGCUCCUUUGCAAUGAUAUAACCAGAAAAACUUGUUGUCUUACGCCAUGGCCCUUAUGUCCCCUCCAAGUCACUGUGGAUUCAGUCACCAGCUUCCCUCUGGCUCUCCAAGUCC